ACACGGUCCCUAACAGGUAGUUGCAUUGCUACGGUGUCCAGAUGGAGACAAUUUCUGGUUUUUCCGGUGACGAUUCUGAUGCAAAUUAGCUCGUAGCUUCUUUUCCAGAUUUUAUUUUAGGUACGAUUUUGUCUGUUUUCCCGUUUCUAAGUUUUGUUUAGGACCUUACCGGCAAAACCCACUUUUGGGACAUAAGACUACUAGAUAGUCGGUGGCUUCCCGGAGCCUUGUAUCUCUGUACUCAUCUGUUCUCCCCGACAUGAAAAGAAACGGCGCGUACAGGUUUCUGUCAGUUUUCUCCUGCUUCAUCGUUUGUGUGUUCUUGUUUUUGUUUUGGUUCUUUAUAUUUUACUCAAUGAUGCUUGCACCAUAAAACGGCUCGAGUGUAGCAGAUGAGCUAAAGUGACGGGCUACUUACCCACAGUGCACCGCGUUAUUGACAGGUCCCAUGAUCACAUGAUCAACUUCACCAGGAAGUAAGAAUUUAUGCUUGUAGAACUUGGCUGAAUUGCCUGCCGUGAAGUUGUGAUGGCAUCUGACAUAAGUGAAGGGUCGUCAUCCGCUGCAGAGACAAAGCUGCAGUUUGCUCCUUUCAGCAGUGCUCUGGAGGCAGGCUUCUGGCACCAGCUCACUCAGAAGAAACUUAAUGACUACAGAUUAGAUGAGAGUCCCAAAUGUAUCAAAGGAUAUUACUACAACGGCGAUCCAGUGGGUUUGCCUACUCGCCUGACCUUGGAGUUCAGUGCAUUUGAUGGUGAUGGUCCAACCCCAGCUCGCUGCUGCCCGGCUGUCGGAACGCUGUAUAACACCAACACACUUGAUGCCUUUAAGACCAUUGAUAAGAAGGCUCUGCUGGAGAAGGAAGCCAAGGAGAUAUGGGAUGCUAUACAGUCCGGGGCUGCGUUGAAGGAUCCAUCUAUCCUCUGCAGAUUCGUCCUGCUGACAUUUGCAGAUUUGAAGAAGUACCAUUUCUACUACUGGUUCUGCUUCCCUGCACUUUGUUUCCCAGAGGGGAUAAAAAUUGUCCAGCAGCCGUCUGUCCUGGAACAAGUUUUCUCAGCUAAACAGAUGGCAGCCCUGCAGGAGGCUUAUGAUGGCAUGUGUAUCAAAAUGGAGACCACUGCAGUUCCUUACUUCCUGUUGAAAUACACAGAUGACUCAGUUCAGAUGGCUCCACUUGCAGACUGGGAGACAUUUUUCUCUGCUAAUAAGAAGGUGACUGUGGGCGUCUAUGAUCCGUGUACUCUGUCCCAACAUCCGGGCUGGCCCCUGAGGAAUCUACUGGCCCUCAUAGCUAACCAGUGGGGCUCUAAGCUGGACACAGUGGAGGUGCUGUGUUUCAGGGACAGAACUCUGCAGGGAAGCCGCUCCAUUCACCACAGUGUCAUCUUCCAGGUCAAACUACCUGAACUCCCACACAACUCAGUGUGCCCAAAGAGUGUAGGUUGGGAGAAGAACCCAAAAGGGGCCAUGGGACCCAGGAUGGUCAACCUCAGUGAGUGCAUGGACCCUAAAAGGCUUGCAGAGUCCUCAGUGGACCUGAACCUGAAGCUGAUGAGAUGGAGGCUGGUUCCCUCCUUGGACUUGGACAAAGUGGUCAACACAAAGUGUCUCCUCCUGGGCGCUGGGACGCUGGGCUGCAAUGUGGCCAGGACUCUCAUGGGAUGGGGGGUGAGACGCAUCACCUUUGUCGACAAUGCAAAGAUCUCCUAUUCUAAUCCAGUGCGACAGCCACUCUAUGAGUUUGAGGACUGUCUUGGAGGAGGCAAGUCCAAAGCCAUGGCGGCUGUUGACCGACUCACCAAAAUCUUUCCCGGUGUGAACGCAGAGGGUUACAAUAUGAGCAUCCCGAUGCCUGGCCACCCUGUCAAUUUCUCUCAGGCUACUCUUUCCCAAGCCCAGAAGGAUGUUGAGCAGUUGGAGAGGCUCAUUUCAGAGCAUGAUGUGGUCUUUUUAUUGAUGGAUACGAGGGAGAGCCGCUGGCUGCCUACAGUGAUUGCUGCCAGCAAGAGGAAGCUCGUGGUGAAUGCUGCUCUUGGCUUCGACACAUUUGUUGUGAUGCGCCACGGCCUGAAGAAUCCUGCCGUCAGUCAGAGCGUUGCCACGGAGGCAGAGUCCUCACCGUCCUGUUCCUCUGCUUCCUCUUCACCCUCCACGCCUGCCGGCCCUGCGCCCUCCGUCACAGGAUCUUCCCUGUUCUCCAACAUCCCAGGGCACAAGCUGGGCUGCUACUUCUGCAAUGAUGUUGUGGCGCCAGGAGAUUCCACCAGGGAUCGGACCCUGGAUCAGCAGUGUACAGUCAGCCGACCGGGCCUUGCCAUGAUUGCCGGAGCCCUGGCUGUGGAGAUGAUGGUGUCCAUUCUGCAGCACAGUGAAGGAGGCUACGCAGUGGCCAGCAGCAGUGAUGACAGAAUGAAUGAACCUCCCACUUCUCUGGGUCUUGUUCCACAUCAGAUACGAGGCUUCCUUUCUCGGUUCGACAACGUCCUGCCUGCCAGCCUGGCCUUUGACAAAUGCACUGCAUGCUCACCCAUUGUCCUGGACCACUACGAGAGGGAAGGUUUCAGCUUCCUGUCCAAGGUUUUUAACUCUUCUCAUUCAUUCCUGGAAGACCUAACAGGCCUGACUCUGUUGCACCAGGAGACACAGGCUGCAGAGAUCUGGGAUAUGAGCGAUGACGAGAGCAUCUGAAGGAGCUGAGGAACAAACCCUGAGCCGCAGAAGGACUCAGCACUCCACAUAUGUAUUUUUACUUUUUUUUUUUUCCUUGGGGGGGAAAAAAAAUAAAAAAUGUUCACAUACUCAGUACCAAGCACUUUUCAGAGGAGCAGCUGAAAAGCUUAAAUAUUAGUCUUCAUUUAUAUACCAGAGCUGGACCUCCAGCACUGAGCACCAACCUGGUCAGAGCUAAACAAGGACCUUGAUUGCUUUUACUGCUGCAGUAUUGAGUUUUUCAGCGAGAUCAGAAACAGGAUCAAACAGGAUCUUUUACAUUAUGUGUGCGACGUGUUAGAACAUGGCUGCUCCUAAGAGCGAGUAGUCACUCACACUUUAACUCCCCCUGUCUGAAAAGCUUCACUUAAUAGCCGCAGUUUCAUUCCCUCCCACCGUCUCUCCAUCAACACAUUUAAUGGGUUUACUUAAGAGUGCUUUGGCAAGGCGUCGACAACAUCUGCUCACUCAUUCAGGCAGGACUGAGCUGAGCUCCAGAUAAAUUAUGAAAAUGCAAAAACAGAGCUGACAGCUCAGCAACUCCAUCCGUCUUCUUGUCUGUUUACCAGAGACUGUGAUGCAUACAGUACGGCUGACACUAAAGCCAGCUCCGAAGGGAUUUCUCUGAGGAAACCUGUGCACAGAUGUUACUGAACAGUUCCUGAAAUAAUCAGAAUGGGCCAGUGCAGAAACUCUUGGUUAGUUGGUUGGUUUGUGUUGCGCUUGAUGCAUGUUUGUGCAGUUUUUUUCGUGUUUACGUGUCUGAUCUGCUAAUGAGUAUCGAGAAUUGUCGGCGUAAUGGUCAAUCUCAGCUACAGCUUGGCUAUUAAUGGAACAGAAUGAAGCAAUCUGAGAUGUAUUUCAGAGUCAGAAUUGUGAUGAUUGUGCAACAUAAAUCAGUUUUUUUUUUUUUUUUUGUUCUCAGAUUUUGAGUGAUUCUUCUCUGAGCUGCUGAUGUUGUUUAGCUAGUUCUCUUCUGUAAACCAAAAACUGGAUUAAACGUCUUUAUUACUA